AACUGCUCCUGCCUCCCACUGCCAUGUUCUUUGCGACGGAGACAAGGGCAAGCAAGGAGCGGCGUCCAGAAGCCCGUGCUCUGGUUAUGUCGAGCCACAUGGAAUACAGCUCCUGUCCGAGGGAUUGCCCCACGAUGGACAGCCUGGAGAGGCAGCUCAUAUGCCCCAUUUGCUUAGAGAUGUUCACCAAGCCGGUGGUCAUCCUGCCGUGUCAGCACAACCUGUGCAGGAAAUGUGCCAACGACAUCUUUCAGUCUCGAGGGACAACCCUGGGGUCUGCGGGGAGGUUUCGCUGUCCGUCUUGCCGCCACGAAGUGGUCCUGGACAGGCACGGCAUCUAUGGCCUGCAACGGAAUCUCCUGGUCGAGAAUAUCAUAGACAUCUACAAGCAGGCAUCGGCCAGCGGUCCUGACAGGCCUCUGUUAAAAACUGAGCAUCCCACCUGUGAAGAACACGAGGAUGAAAAAAUCAACAUCUAUUGUGUGACAUGUGGGGUCCCUACCUGCUCCCUAUGCAAAGUUUUUGGGGAGCAUAAGGAAUGUGAAGUUGCGCCCCUCUCGGACAUCUACAUGAAACAGAAGACAGAGCUGACGGACGGGAUCGGAGCUCUCGUGGCUGCCAAUGACAGAAUCCAAGUUUACAUCAACGGUUUGCAAGGAACAUGCCGAAACAUUGAGGACAAUUGCAAAGCUCAGAAGCAGGCCCUGUGCGAGAAGUUUGACCGGAUGUGCGUCAUUUUGGAAGAGAGGCGGAAGAUCAUGUUGCAGAGGAUCACUUACGAGCAAGAGGAGAAAACCCAGCAUCUGAAAUCCCUCGCCAAAGAGUGCGGCGACCACAUUGAAUCUUCCUCCAAGCUGGUGGACACGUCUCUUCAAUCGAUGGAGGAGCCGCAGAUGGCUGUUUUUGUGCAGAACGCCAAAGUCCUCAUCCGCAAGAUUUUAGAAAUGGCUCAGAGCUGCAAGCUCAACCCUCUGGAGUCUGGGUAUGACAACAUGGAGCACUACACGGUGGAUUUCAACGCUGAGGAACGAGUCCUCUAUCAGCUGGAUUUCGUCAAAGUUGAAGAAGAGCCCGAACCGACAACCGAGGAAGACGGGGCCUGCGGAGAGGCUGAAGACCCAUUGGCAGACUCUUGGACAGGGGCUGGUGAGGAGAGAGACGACCCUGAGGGCUUCGUUGCCUUGGGAAAGGAGGAGCAGGCCCCAGGAGCUCUUAUAACAAGUGACGAUCUGGCCGGUGUGGUCAGUGGAGUGGAAGGACAAGCGGUGCCCCCGUCACCUCUAUCUGGGGCAGAAGGCCAGGCUGGCACAGAAGGCGCCACGUGGGCCUCUCAGCAGAAAGAGGACGCUCGGGUGAAUGGAGAGCUCCAUGUUGCAGACUCAGAUUUACCAGCAUUUGGGGCAGAGGGAGCUUUGCAGAGUAACAGUGUGGUUGACAUGGGACAACCCAAAGUGGAAGGUGUGGCUAGAGAAGGCUUCAGCGCCACGGACAGCUCUUCGGGGACAGGGGAAGGUGGUGAAACUGGAAACGCAUUUCUUCUGAAUGGAGCUGCGUCUGCUGUCAGCCAGGGUCCAGCGUCUGAUCCCAGUGCUGAUGGAGGGAGAAAUGUGCAGAUCAUCGAGCCACUCCUCAGCAGCUGGUUCAAUCCUACCCUUUGGCUGCACGAGUAAGACAGGCGGAUGAAAUGGUCUGACCCCUGACACCUGUGCGCAUCAUGCAGCCCUCCUUGCACAAGAAAGAGGCACAAAGAAGGCGCAGCGCCCUAACGGAGCCUGCAGAGAUCUCCAGAUGACUCAAGCAAGCGAGCAAGCCCUCCAUCUUCCAAGUUCUUCUUCCUCAAAUCCUGCCCGUCCAUCCCUCCAUCCCUCCAUCCUUUCUCUUUCAUAAUCUUCAACUCCUAAGUAUUCUUGGUUGGAACUGUUUAUAACAUGUAUACCAAUAUUUUCCAAUCAGCAUUAUUCUCCCCCUGCCCCCCCCUGAAUGUGCGGUUUGGAUAGGUAGAGGGUGCCUAAGGCCAGCUUUCUAAGGCAGCAGACAUAUUAAAAUAAAACUUUUAUUCAGAACACUUCCACAUA